AGGAAGGGUUCGGUCGCAUGCUCUUGGCUCCGACGGCCGCGCGUGUGCUACAGGUUAUGACCAUUAAGACCUUGAUCGGGAAAUAAGAAAGUGCUUGAGGAUAUGCGCCGUCGGUGCUUGAAAAAUCAAAGUUGCUGAAGGAAUAUAGGUGCAGUUCGGUUCUCUGACGUAUAUACUGGCGAGUGAAACGGAAAAGAAAGAAUAUAUAUUAACACACAACAGACCUGACUCAUGCAUAUUUACGGCCACGUCAGAAUAUAUGGUUAUUUAUAAUUGAAAUUUAAGAGCACGUUGUUUGUCCCAACAGAACGAAAGACCUCGAUAAAUAAACAAAAAAGAAAACACUAUCAACAACAUCAUCAGAAGUUUAAAUACCUUUGCCGUCACCAACCCGACAAACGUUGGCCCUUUAACAAACGUUACCCGGCGCCACCGCAACAUCAAAGGGUUGAAAAAAAAUUAUAACUGUACAUGCUACAUUCUCGCCUCUUUGAUGCAUGCGAGCGCUGCACCAUAGAUAUUUAGAGAAAGAUUCUGCGUGUGCGUGUACUCGUAGGCAAUUGUGCUCCCAACACACACACACACCACCUGUUAGUACCGUUACAAGAGUCAGCAUGUUCCCGACGAAGCAAGUGAAGAUUCUGCUGGGCAUUGGCUCCGUCUUGGUGUUGCUGUGUGCCAUCUUUAUCGGCGUUUUCCCUCUCAUCUUCUAUUCCAUCGCCAGCCAGCGUAACAACACUAACGACGGUAGAUACAAGGUGAAGACAGGUGCUUUAGGAAUGGACGAUUACCAGUACAUCGUGGAAUGGAAAGGUCAGACUGAACUCGAUUACUGGAACGGAGAUCACUAUUGCAACAUGAUCAACGGCACAGAUGGUUCUCAGUACCCGCCGAGAGUCACGAGGGAUACGGUGCUGAGGCUGUACACUUCGGAACUCUGCAGAUCCCUGUACCUGACCUACGAGAAGGACCGCAGCCACUUCGGCAUCCACGUCUACCGCUUCAUCCCGCCGCGUGACAUGCUGGAGGAUCCUCUUAUUAACCACGACAACCUCUGCUACUGCACGCCGGAUAUCGACCAUUGCCUGGGUGCCGGGAUGAUGAACAUGGGUCCCUGCGCUAUGGGCGCCCCCAUCGUGAUGUCGACGCCCCACUUCUACCAGGGAGACGAGGUCGAACUGGCAAAGCUCGUGGGACUCAACCCGAGGAAGGAGGAACACGAGACCUUCCUGGAUGUCGAGCCUAGGACGGGGGUAACCAUGAAGGCGGCCAAGAAAAUCCAGAUUAAUAUUCCGCUGAAGCCUUAUGGCCAGUUUCCCUCCUUCAAGAAUGUGCCGGAGGUCAUCUUCCCCAUCCUGUGGGUCAACGAGAGCGCGGUUGUAGACGAGGCGACGGCGCAGGAAGUGAGGAAGGGCGUCACUCUGCCAUUCGUCGUCGUGGACGCUGUGUGCGGCUCCCUCAUAGCCAUCGGGGUCGUGUUGAUCAUCGUCGGGGCUUUCAGAUUCUACAAAUUCAAGCACCUCAUCAAGCAGACGAAGAACUCAUCCAGCAGCAAAAAUCACGUCCUGAAGGUGCUACGGCAGGCAUCGGCCCAAGAGCAGCCUAUAGGAGGACCGCUGGCCCGCCUUCUCAACCCCCUGGAGAUCAAAAGAGCGAAGAAAAGCGAAAGUCGAAGAAGUACGCCUCACCCGGCCAGCUCAGGCACCCUAAUCGGUCGGGCGGCGACGCGAGAAUAAGCUCACGGCUGCCUGAGGUCGGGCCACUUCCACAGGCAUCGGGUCGUGGAAGAGGAGUGGAAUUAAGUGGAGUGGAACAGAACUCGCGAAGACAGCAGAAAUUAUAAGCGUCGACGGAACGCCAUUUCGCCGCAGCUGCCAGCCAGUACGCAGAAAGCACGCAGCCAGAGCGAUUGCCAAAAGCUUUAACGGGCUCUCAUGUGUAUAAAAAAAGGAAAAAAAGAACAAGAAAUGAAAACAGAAAAGAACCAAAAUAUAUAAUCAUCUCUCUAGCGGCUUAACUACCCACGUCGAAAUGUUAGUGUUUACCGCGACGGAGAAUGUUCAUUUUGUAGAUAGUGAGGUAACGCCAAGAGACGGAGGCGUAGAAGAUGAAGUGAAAAAAAAAAUACCGAACUGUGAUACAAGUUAAUGUGAAGAGAAACCUAUCUGCCUUAAUAUAGCUGGCCUUUUUCAAAUCUUCCUUUUCCUUUUUGGGACAUUCUUGCCGAGUCUAGAAGAUGGAGACAACAAUCGAGGUCUUGUUUUCUUUCUUUCUUUCUUUCUUUCUUUUUUGAGUGUCUGUUUCUCGUUCUUAGACUCCUGUUUCUCUUGUGGAAAGCUCUCAGGCAGCUUUGUUUUAAUAGUAUCAUUAAUUAAUACUGUGAUUUACUGUUCUCUUUACUUUAAAUAAUAAGUGUAAAAAGGGGAUACUUUGUAAGGAAAACAUACUUAGGUAGAGAAUGAGUGAGUGAAUGAGCAGUUAGAGACAGAAAGAGAGAGAGAGAGAGAGAGAGAGAGAGAGAGAGAAAGAGAGAGAGAGAG